AUGCCGCGGCCGGGGAAGAACUCGUACAGCGACCAAAAGCCGCCCUACUCUUACAUCUCGCUGACCGCCAUGGCAAUCCAGCACUCGGCAGAGAAGAUGCUGCCUCUGAGCGACAUCUACAAGUUUAUCAUGGAGCGCUUCCCCUACUACCGCGAGCACACACAGCGCUGGCAGAACAGCCUGCGCCACAACCUCUCCUUCAACGACUGCUUCAUCAAGAUUCCGCGGCGCCCCGACCAGCCUGGCAAGGGUAGUUUCUGGGCGCUGCACCCCGACUGCGGUGACAUGUUCGAGAACGGCAGCUUCCUGCGGCGUCGCAAGCGCUUCAAGGUGCUGCGCGCCGACCAUACUCACCUGCACGCGGGAAGCACCAAGGGCGCGCCAGGCGCCGGGCCGGGAGGGCACCUUCACCCCCAUCACCACCACCACCCCCAUCACCACCAUCAUCACCACGCUGCCGCGCACCACCACCAUCAC